ACAAAAAGGAGCGGCAGCGGCUGUUUCUCGGCAAGCGUGAGAUUUGGCUGAGUCGACGGCCUUUUAAAGAAAUUGCGGCCGUUCGAGAAACUGCCAUGCUUGGUGCCGGAGGGCGAUCUCUGCACCGAGUGUGCGACUCUGUCAGCGGCGUCAACUGGCGCCCGACGCGGUUCGUCGACGAGCUAGUGGUGGCUCGCUACGCCUGCUGCGUCUGCCAGCUGAUACCGACCACGACAGUCCUGCUGCCCUGUUGUCACGUCCUGUGCGAGGAGUGCCAGCGCGGCUGUGCUACCCAAGAUGGCGGAAACGUCUGUCCGCUGGACGGAGAGCCAUUCUGCGAGGACGAAUGCCAGAAGUUGCGGGUUCCGGAGAGGAGGAAGCAAAAGUUGGAGGCUCACUGCUGGAACGAAGUCCACGGCUGCGACUUCGUGGGCCCCCUGGCGGCACUCCUGGGACACUUCGAGGCGGAGUGCUCCUUCCACGCGCUUCCGUGCGAACGGUGCGGCGAGACCGUGCGGAACUCGGAGCUCGCCGCCCACUACAUUGGCGGCUGCAGCAACGCAGCGUCGUCGGUUACGCUGGCCCAGUCAUCGCAGAAAAGCGGCGCCGUCGUCACUUCCGGUGACGUCGCCACAGUUGGGCGAGAAAUCGACAAGUCUGCGGCGAAUACUUGCGAGGACGCGAUGCCGGCGCUUCAGAGUCAGGUGAACGAACUGACGGAGGCGGCCAGAAUCCAAGGCGCUCAGCUGCAGGAGUUAAACGCCGCGCUGGCGGCUAGUCUUGACGCACUCACUGCCAACGUGACACUAGCCGCCCAGAAAUUUUCGGAGACGAUCGGCGAGGCCUCGCGGAUGCAAAAGCGCAUGCUCGCUUCGGAAGCAGGAGAAAGUUGUCUGACUCGAAAAGGUGGGGCAGGUUCUCCUGCCGAAAGUGUUCAUUUGCCAGAGGUGACAGGCACCCUUCGAAACUUGGAACACUUCGCCGGCCAGUCGCUCCGAUGUCUCGAAGGCUUAGUCCAAGUACAAAUGAGAGACUACCAACCGAUCGCUCAGUUGUUCCUUCUCCCUCGAAAAACAGACGAGCCAACGGAAGGGUGCGCCGGCUCUAGCUCGCCAAGCUGUACGAACGUUAAUGAAACAGUCUAUCAUGUGAUUUUAACAAGCCGAGGCGGAGAUGAAGAGCUUGCCACCUCUGUGACUAGGUUGCAUCGGCGAGACACGUGGUUUACUAUGGGUAUCGGCCGACGUGUAAGGCGGGAUAGUUCAGUAAUUUUUGUCAAAUUCACUUGGAGCUGCAAGAAAAACAUUCGUUGCCUUCCGAAAGCCGUUAGAGUAACAGAAUUAAAGGGACAUGGUUCCCGUGAUUUUGAGGAAAUCGAUGAUGCUAGUGGGGGACAGAAGUUCCGCGGGGAGAACUUUAGCUGGGAUAGAAGCUGUGUACUCGAAAUCGCUAUACACAACUAACGCACGGCGCCGGACUCGGCCGACAAUGAAUCGAUUCUGCUUUGACAGGCUUACCAGUUCCACAUGAAAACAUGCACGGCUUUACCUGUCGUCGCUGGGAGGGCGUUUGACUGCUAUGUUUUCCUAGACAAGAUGUAAAGGUGCGUUUAAAAUUUUGUUUUAUAUUUCUCUCAAUGCGGUGAUAACUUUGACCGUGCGUUGGGAGACACGAGGGGAAGAUGAGCGUUCUUUCGUGGAGUCGCCCCAUUAAUGCUGCUCGCGGUUACCGCGACGGCUGUCGCAGCUAUAGGCCGUCGAGGACAAACUCGCUAGCUUCCUGCAAAUCAGGGGAUUCGAGCACUCACCGACUGUGACAGUCACGGGCAUUUGAUUAAUUUUUGGAAGGUACGAAGACACGCUGAAAGUUAUUUUGCUGCCCCUCUGCCUUUCUGGGCGUAGCGCUCACCUAAUAAAAAAUUACGGUUAACGCAUAUUGA